AUGCACACUUGCUGCCCCCUGGUAACUCUGGAGCAGGACCUUCACAGAAAGAUGCAGAGCUGGAUGCUGCAGACUCUAGCCUUUGCUCUAACAUCUCUCGUCCUUUCGUGUGCAGAGACCAUCGACUAUUAUGGGGAGAUCUGUGACAAUGCCUGUCCUUGCGAGGAGAAGGACGGCAUUCUGACUGUGAGCUGUGAGAACAGAGGGAUCAUCAGCCUCUCUGAGAUUAGCCCUCCCCGUUUCCCCGUCUACCACCUCCUGCUGUCCGGAAACCUCCUGAACCGCCUCUAUCCCAACGAGUUUGUCAAUUACACCGGGGCUUCGAUUCUGCAUCUGGGCAGCAACGUGAUCCAGGACAUUGAGACGGGGGCCUUCCAUGGGCUCAGGGGCUUGAGGAGGCUGCAUCUGAACAACAAUAAGCUGGAACUUCUGCGCGAUGACAUAUUCCUUGGCUUGGAGAGCCUGGAGUACCUACAGGUCGAUUAUAAUUACAUCAGCGUCAUCGAGCCCAAUGCUUUCGGGAAACUGCAUUUGCUGCAGGUGCUCAUCCUCAAUGACAACCUCCUGUCCAGUUUGCCCAACAACCUCUUCCGCUUCGUGCCCUUAACGCACCUGGACCUGCGGGGGAACCGGCUGAAGCUCCUGCCCUACGUGGGGCUGCUGCAGCACAUGGAUAAGGUGGUGGAGCUCCAGCUGGAGGAGAACCCCUGGAACUGCUCCUGCGAGCUCAUCUCCCUCAAGGACUGGCUGGACAGCAUCUCCUACGCCGCCCUGGUGGGGGAUGUGGUGUGCGAGACGCCCUUCCGCCUCCACGGGCGGGACCUAGACGAGGUGUCCAAGCAGGAACUUUGCCCCAGGAAGCUCAUUUCCGACUACGAGAUGAGGCCCCAGGCGCCUCUGAGCACCACGGGGUACCUACACACCACCCCAGCCUCGGUGAACUCCGUGGCCACCUCCUCCUCCGCUGUUUACAAACCCCCCCUGAAAAGCCCCAAGGGGACCCGCCAGCCCAACAAGCCCAGGGUGCGCCCCACCUCCAGGCAGCCAUUCAAAGACCUGAGCUACAGCAACUCCGGCCCCAGCAUCGCCUACCAGACCAAGUCCCCCGUGCCUUUGGAGUGCCCCACCCAGUGCUACUGCAACCUGCAGAUCUCAGACCUGGGCCUCAACGUCAACUGCCAGGAGCGGAAGAUCGAGAGCAUCGCCGAGCUGCAGCCCAAGCCCUACAACCCCAAGAAGAUGUACCUGACGGAGAACUACAUCGCGGCGGUGCGCCGGAGCGACUUCCUGGAGGCCACGGGGCUGGACCUCCUGCACCUGGGCAACAACCGCAUCUCCGCCAUCCAGGACCGCGCCUUCGGGGACCUCGCCAACCUGCGGCGCCUCUACCUGAACGGCAACCGCAUCGAGCGGCUGAGCCCCGAGCUCUUCUACGGCCUGCAGAGCCUGCAGUAUCUCUUCCUCCAGUACAACCUCAUCCGCGAGAUCCAGCCGGGCACGUUCGACCCGGUCCCGAACCUGCAGCUGCUGUUCCUCAACAACAACCUCCUGCAGGCCCUGCCCUCGGGCGUCUUCGCCAGCCUGACCCUCCUGCGGCUGAACCUGCGGAGCAACCACUUCACCUCGCUGCCCGUGAGCGGCGUGCUGGACCAGCUGCGGUCCCUCCUCCAGAUCGACCUGCACGACAACCCCUGGGACUGCACCUGCGACGCCGUGGGCCUCAAGCUGUGGGUGGAGCAGCUCAAGGCGGGCGUCCUGGUGGACGAGGUCAUCUGCAAGGCGCCCAAGAGCUUCGCCGAGGCCGACAUGCGCUCGCUCAGGUCGGAGCUGCUGUGCCCGGACUACUCGGACGUGGGGGUGUCCACGCCCCCCGCGCCCUCCGCCCUCCCGGGGGGCCGCCCCUCGGGGACCAGCGCGGCGGCGGCGGCGGCAGCCGCCCCCACCGUGCGGUUCAAUGGCACCGGCGCCACCGGGGGCCCCGCGGGCCUGGGCGCGGGCGGGGGCGCGCCCCCCUCCGCCUCCUCCGUGCCCCUGUCGGUGCUGAUCCUCAGCCUGCUGCUGGUGUUCAUCAUGUCCGUGUUCGUGGCCGCCGGGCUCUUCGUGCUGGUGAUGAAGCGCCGCAAGAAGGGCCAGAGCGACCCCACGAGCGCCAACAACUCCGACGUGAGCUCCUUCAACAUGCAGUACAGCGUGUACGGCGGCGGCGGGGGCGGCUCCGGGGGCGGCGGGGGCGCGGGCGGCCUCCCCCACGCGCCCCUGCACCCCCGCGGGGGGCCCUCGCUACCCAAGGGGAAGGCGCCCGCGGGCCACGUGUAUGAGUACAUCCCCCACCCGCUGGGCCACAUGUGCAAGAACCCCAUCUACCGCUCGCGGGAGGGCAACUCGGUGGAGGAUUACAAAGACCUGCACGAGCUCAAGGUCACCUACGGCGGCGGCGGCGGCGGCGGCGGCGGCGGCAGCCACCACCUGCAGCUGCAGCACCAGCAGCAGCAGCCUUUGCAGCAGCAGCAGCAGCUGCAGCCGCCUUUGCAGCCUUUGCAGCAGCCGCCGCAGCUGCAGCUGCAGCCCCCCGCGGAGGAGGAGCGGCGGGACAGCCACCACCACCACGUGCGGAGCCCGGCCUACAGCGUCAGCACCAUCGAGCCCCCCCGGGAGGACCUGCUGUCCCCGGUGCAGGACGCCGAGCGCUUUUACAGGGGCAUCUUAGAACCGGACAAGCACUGCCCCGCCGCCCCCGCCCCCGCCGGCGGCAGCAGCCUCCCGGAAUACCCCAAGUUCCCCUGCAGCCCCGCCGCCGCCGCCGCCGCCGCCUACACCUUCUCCCCCAACUAUGACCUGAGGCGCCCCCACCACGCGUACUUGCACCCGGGGCCGGGGGCGGCCGGGGACGGCAGGCUGCGGGAGCCGGUGCUGUACAGCCCCCCCAGUGCUGUCUUUGUAGAACCCAACCGGAACGAGUACCUGGAGCUAAAAGCAAAACUAAACGUUGAGCCGGACUACCUCGAAGUGCUGGAGAAACAAACCACCUUUAGCCAGUUCUAA